GGGAGGCAGUCUUCAUUUAAAAUUUUGUUGUGGGCCACAGCUUAUAUGUCGGUUUAAGUCGUUCUCUUUUUGAAGGAGGGUGUUGGGGCAGCGGCUGAGAAAGAACUGUGCCGAAGUCAGGUCCCAGGCACUCGGGUCAAAAGCGGCAGCUUUGCGUCUUUGCGCCAGCCGGAGCAUCCGGGUCAGAGAGCCCGGGAUCUUCGGAGCCUGUGGGCUGAGCAGGAUUCCUCAACUGAAGAAGGAAAUGACAAACCACUCUAGUAUUUUUAUCAAGAAAACCCCAAAUGGGGUCAUGAAGAAAAAUGAAACAACAGAAUAAUGGUGUUUUCUUUGCAACCAUGAUAGGGGUUGCCAGCAUAAUGUCUCAUAUAAAGACAGAAGAGAAACUGAAGCUAUUUAAUGAAAGUAUAAAUGACUUUUGGAACAGAUUCCGAAAUGCUACAUUUAAUGAACACUAUAGUCAAGUGAUGGGGCUGAGAGAUACCUAUAAAGACUCCGUUAAAGCACUGACAGAAAAAUUAUCUACAAAGAUAAAAGAAGAAGAACGAAUGGUUGAGACUUGUCUGGAAUUCAGAAAUAAGAUUCAUAUCCAGAAUAAGCUUAUUCAAGAAAAACAAGAUAAUUUAACAAAACUGAUUGAUAGUAUACAAGACAAAAAAUGCGAAGUGGAAAAGCUGACAAAAACUACUCAGGAUCUUAAGGAAUCACUGAAUAAGAAAAAAGAAAUUAUUGCUGCUGCUAACAAAGCCAAUAAGGAAAAGUUGAAAAUGCUGCAGAAAUCUUACAAUUUGUAUAAAGAUCACCUUGGACUGGAAAUUCGAAAAAUUAAUGGUGAAAAACUUCAAUUUAUAUUCCGAAAUAUUGACCCUAAAGCUCCUGAGAAGCCAUUUACCUUUUCCCUGCGCAUAAAUGAAGAAAGGGAAUAUGAAAUAUCAGAUAGUGCUCCUCAUCUGGAAUGCUUGGAAGAAUUUCAAGAGAAAGUAAGGAAGACCAACAAUUUUUCAGCUUUCCUUGCCAAUGUUCGGAAAGCUUUUGUUGCUUUGGUCUGUAAUGAAUUGUAAAUAGUGUAUAAAGAUUAUAUUUUCUUUUUUUUUUUUUCUUCCUACUCAUUUUAAUGCUCCUAAAUGAACGUUUUAUGUCUGACUCUUUUGUAUUUUUGGUGCAUCAUAGCCUAACAGGAAUUAAUAAAUUGUAUAGCAUAUUUGUGAAAGCAAAUUUUGUCAAAAAUGUUGUGUUGUCUCAUGGAAUAAAAAAUGGAAUGCAAUUAUA